ACUCUCAGUUCUCUUGUAUUCAGUGUGUAGGAGGUGGUGGAAGAUCCGGCAUGCUCCAUGGUGGAAGAUUCUGCAUGCUCCAUGGUGGAAGAUCCAGCAUGCUCCAUGGUGGACGGUACCUCUGGACAGCCUGUAUUAUAGAACGUACCCAUCCUAUAGGAACAUAGGGGGCCGCUGACACAGUGGGAUUGGACUUGUCUGCUGAACAGGUGCUCUUCACUCCUCUGUUACACAUCACUCCAGAGGAAGGCGAAGCUCUCAUCGGGUUAUUCUCAUACUGACAGCUGGGACCCAACCGUGGAAUUAAGUUUGUGAACCCCUCAAGGAAUAUUAUCUUGUCACAGAGCCACUCCAGGAAAAGUGAAGGAUUUGAGGCGUUCAUGGAUAUGCAGCCUGUACGGGUUCUAGCCUGCGUUAAAUGACGGUUGAGGAACCUUCCUCCGAUUCAUGGAUGAUCAUGAAGCCUUGUAAGCAGUGGCAGAUCUCAGGCAAGUCCAUGGAGCUUGGCGCAGCGGACUGACUUCCACACAAAGGCCAGAACAAAGAUGAGCAAGCUCCCCUUCCAGAACAGAGCCAUGCAGGACCGGCGGAGUGUUUGUGUCUUCCUUCCAAACGAUGACACUUUGAGUAUCAUCAUCAGUGUUAAAGCACUUUGUCAAGAGUUAUUAGACCAAAUAUGUGACCUCCUCCGGCUGAAAGAUUGCCAUCUCUUUGGACUCAGCGUUAUUCAAAACAACGAGCAUGUGUACAUGGAACACUCGCAGAAGAUGUACAAGUACUGCCCCAAGGAAUGGAAGAAGGAGGCCAGCAGGGGAAUUGACCAGUUUGGUCCUCCAAUGAUUGUCCAUUUUCGAGUGCAAUAUUAUGUUGAAAAUGGGAGACUGAUAAGCGAUAGGACGGCACGGUACUAUUACUAUUGGCACCUGCGGAAACAAACCCUUCUCUCCCAGAGCACCGCGAGGGAAGAGGCCUACUUCCUACUGGCCUCCUAUGCCCUCCAGGCUGACCUGGGCAACUUCAAGAAGAACAAACACCAUGGAAAAUACUUUGACCCAGAAGCCUAUUUUCCUCCUUGGAUAAUUAAGAAGCGAGGGAAAGAUUACAUCCUCAAGCACAUUCCUAAUAUUCACCGCGACCAAUUUGCACUGUCGGUGUCGGAAGCACAACUGAUGUAUAUAAAAGAAGCCGCAAGACUCGACGACCUCUGCGUCCAUUACUACAGGUUAUACAAGGAUAAAAGGGAGGUAGAAGCUUCAUUGCUCCUUGGACUAACCCUGCGAGGGAUCCAGGUCUUCCAGAGUUCAGGAGAUGAAAAGCAGCUGCUAUACGACUUCCCCUGGACCAAUGUAGGGAAGCUGGUGUUUGUGGGCAAAAAGUUUGAGAUCUUACCAGACGGCUUACCCUCAGCCAGAAAACUGACGUACUAUACCGGUUGCUCCAUGCGCUCACGGCAUCUCCUUCAGCUAUUGAGUAACAGUCACCAACUCUACAUGAAACUCCAACCAGUACUGCGGCAAGUUCGACUGCUGGAAGAAAACGAAGAGAAGAAGUUGUACAGAGAGUCGUAUAUCAGCGACACUUUGGAUCAGGACAUGGAGCACCUGGAGAACCGAUCCAUGAGCAGCGGAGGGAGCACAAAGCUCAGUUGCCUCUGCAGGCGCUCCACGACCAGUCACAGCAGCUCUCUCACCUCAGGGAUAGAGGCGGACACAAAAACCAGGGACAUUGGAGCAGAUGAUAGUUUCUCCAGGUCAUCACUUCACCACAAACUGAAAACUUGCAGCUCUAUGACCAGCCACAGCAGCUCUCGCACGUCUGGGGCUGAGAGUGCAGACAAGGACAGGCUGGAUGAUGACUCCCAGGAUGACGAGAUUGAGAUGCUGGUAGAUGAUCCAAAGGACAUUGACUUGGCCUUGGACGUCGGCCCUGAACUCUGUGUAUACAUAACGGAAGACAUGCUGAGGUCACAACACAGCAACGAAUAUUCCGGUUUAAUUGUUAAAGAAGUUAAUUCAUCAACUUCCAGCUCUUCAGAAACAGUAGUUAAGCUACGUGGUCAGAGCACAGACUCCUUGCCGCAGACGGUGUGCCGAAAACCAAAGACCUCCACUGAUCGCCACAGCUUGAGUCUGGAUGAUAUCCGCUUGUACCAGAAAGACUUCUUACAGAUCGCCAGCCUGUACCAAGAUACUGCCCACAGCUAUACUUUUGGUUGUGGUCACAGCGCAGGUGACACAGGACUUUACUGCAAUGGCUGUCUUGCUCAACAGUGCGUCAACAUUCAUGAGCCCCUUGUGGCCAAGAAAGUCAGCAAGUACUUUUCUUUGGACCUUACCCAUGAUGAUGAUGUCCCGGAGUUUGUGGUCUAAAUUCCGAAGUUGACAUAUAUGGAUACAUUUUACCGGCUUUCAUGCCUGGUAAUGCCAAAACGAGCAGACAAACUGCUUAUUGCAGAAAGACUUCCUACAGAUUGCCAAUCUGUACCGGGUGAUGGCCCAGGUCUUUACAUUUGGAUGCAGGACAUUAUCUAAAGAGUUGACUUGGCCAAAAGCAUGACAACAUCCACAAGGCAAUGGUGGUCAAAUGCAGUGAGUCCCUUUGGUUGAAUCAUACCUACAACGAUACCCCAAAGUUUGUGGUGUACGCUCAGUAAGAUGGAUAUGGAUGGCUUUUAUACGUGGAAAACGUAGGAAUUCUACAGAUUGCCGGCCUGCAUCUACAAAUGGCCAAGAUCCUUACAGCUAGUGGUGGUCAUGAUGCAAGUGAUGGGGAAUUUAUCAUGACAACUGUCUUGGCCUUACAGUUUAUCGGCAUCCUUGAGGCCAGGAAAGCCAGCGUAGUCUUGUUUCCUCUUAUUCAUGGCUGUGCCCUGCAGAUUGUGUUGUAAUCUUUAACUAUUCCUCUAUAUAGACAUAUUUCACAGGCCUGGAUGCCUGUGUAAGCCAAAGUAAGUGGAAUUAAUUUGGCUUUUUUCUUGAGCUCUUUGUGGCAAGGGAAAAUAAGAAGAACUCUUCAGACUGUACCCAAUCCAGUGUCCCAGAGUUAACAGCUUAAAGCUUAACUCCAGAUGAACGGCUCAAUCAGAUAAAAUACACACAGUAUAUGGGAGUUGUAUUACCUCUCAAAUGAUUUGUAUUUGGUGUCUAUCAAGUUCUAUCAUUUUACAUUCUGUCUAGCAGGGCAGGAGACCUGAUUUAUUUUUCUUUUCUGCAGUUAAGUAAUGCAGAUAAAAUAUAAUUUAUUGAAAACAGA